UCAUUCCAGCGACAACUAGUCGUACACAUGGGAAAUAUCAACUUUUAAUCCUUGAUGGCCAUGGGAGUCAUUUAACUCCUAAAUUCGACCAAGUUUGCAAAGAGAACAAUAUUAUACCAAUUUGCAUGCCAGCACACUCUUCACAUCUUCUGCAACCACUUGAUAUUGGGUGUUUUGCUCCUUUAAAGCGUGCGUACAGCCGGCUAGUUGAGAACCAGAUGCGGCUUGGGUUCAACCAUAUUGACAAGUUUGACUUUCUUGCCGCCUACCCAAUUGCUCGUGUGGAAGCUUUCCAAUCUCAGACUAUUCAAAAUAGCUUUGCAGGAGCUGGUUUAGUGCCAUAUAACCCAGAAAGCCCUCCAAGCCCGCUGAAGCAGCAAAUCAACCAAGUUCUCAAGGCCUGUGAGAUCCAAAUGCAUUCAACUGCUCUACUAGAGGUUGAAGCACGCAAAUUACAUGCUGCCCAUGAGAAGCAGAAGCAAAAGCGCCGACGAUCUAAUAGACAGAUACUAAAUGAGGGUGGAAUGACUGUUCAGGAGAGCCAGCAGAUCAUACAGCAUCCUAUAGAAGCAAUUGAAGCACCAAGACCCAUCCCUGCAGAAGCACCAAUUUCACCUAAUUUGCCAGUUCCUGCGAGAAGGAAGCUACCAAAAUGUAGCAUAUGCGGACAGGAAGGACACAGGUCAAACCAUUGCCCUCACAGAUAGUUCUUUACCUAAUAUACUGGCGUUAAUGUGGUUAAAAAUGCGUUCAAAAGAGUAGGGUAGGCGGUAGGGUGGCGGGUCGCUUGGGGUGGCGGGUCGCUUGGGAAAUACGUUAUCCCAUUCAUGAUUUGACCAAGCACUUAUCCCAUAAAUUUACCCGUACACCCCAAAAUACACUGUGUAGUUACAACGAUCCCAACCCAAC